AUGAUGACCACGCCACAAAGGCGAGUAUCACGUCAGUCUGUCGCAACAACCUCCAGAAUCGCCUAUCCACUACAGCUGAUCAGGUUCAUCAUUGUGGUUCCAUCUCAACAAGAAUUUGAAUGGGAGCAACGAGCGAUGUUUGACGACGUUCUGCCUGAAAUACAACAGUAUGCGGUGCAAAUGGGUGUUGACUUGGAAAUUCUAAAGCCGAAUUUAGAAGCAUUCGAGAGGUGUGAAAUCUGUACGGUUAUGGAACUGCUCGACAAACCGGCCUCUUAUCUGAUAUGCUUUCUCGGUGAUAGAUAUGGAGAUUGCGCAUUGCCAAUGGAGAUGCGAGAGACAGAAUUCGAUUCAAUUCGAACGUCAGCUUUUGAAGCAUCCAAUGACGUCCGAUUGCUGGACAAAUAUUACGAACUGGACAAGAGCCGUAAUCCAAACCAGUAUCGUUUACGGGGAAUCACAAUUGAUCCGACGGAACGAGAUGCGCUGCUUACUGUGAUACAAAAUGGUGCUAAACAAGCGUUCGAAGACGGCAUUAUAAAUCAAGUGAGCCCGAAACGACAGAGGCGAUUUUUUUGCUCAACAACUGAACUGAUAACAAGAUGCGCGCUUAAUAAACCGCAGAAUACAACUUUUAUAAUGCGACGAUUUGAAGCAGAUAUGCGAUGUGGUCAUGGAAAUGGCUUAUGGGUGGAUGAGACGGAGGAGGAUCAUGAUAAGAUGGAAAAAUUGAAGAAUCUGAUAUCAAGUACGAAUGCAUCGACCAUAUCCCUCACAAUAAAGCUAGACGAAGGAAAUGAUAUUGAAUCGUGGCUGCGAACGAAAGCACAUGAUAAAUAUAUCCAAUCUUUCACUCAUCAGGUUGUUGAUCGACUGCGGAAUGUGAUCUCAUCGGUGGCAAUUCCGUCAACGUCUACAUUUUCGGCGUCUGUAUUGGCAAGAAUAGAUGAUGAGAUGCAUUCAUCCUAUGCUGUCUCAAGGUUACCGACCAAAUGGAUUCAACGACCGCAAGUUGAUGGAGCCAUGCAGUCAUGGAUGGAUGAGUCGAUUAAGAGUGCUUAUAUCCAUAUUGUCGGUGCAGAUGCUUGUGGCAAAACAGCGUUGAUAUGCAAACUGCAUAGUAUGUUGCAAAGUAGAGAUUGUUAUCUUAUUACAAGAUUCAUCAAUUUAACGAAUACAUCGAAUUUUGCGCAUGAAAUUUGGCAUAAUUUAUGUCGAACGCUGUGUUAUUUGUCAGGUCAAGAUGAGAAACAGCUGCGGUGCUCAUUUCAUCUAUCAACGACACUUUCAAUAUUCAAGUCUCUUCUGCAAAAACUAGAUCGUCCGUUGUACAUUCUAUUGGAUGACGCAAAUUUGAUUAAGUAUGGACGAGCGCUAAGUGCACUGGAUAAACCAUUUAGAAAAAUGCUUCCGAAUCUGAUUCUCAUUGCAACUUCGUCAACGCCACUCCAAAUUCCGUUCAUGCCUGCACCAAAAUCAUUUCAAUUACCCGUCUUCACAGAUACUGAAAUUAUUGAUCACCUAAAAGAAUAUGUGGUUGACAUGGAUAGGAGAUUGACUGCUGAUCAGUUCGGAUUGAUCAGACAACAACUGGUGAAUGGUGAUUGCAAUUUUAUCGUUGGCCGAACGUUGGUUGAUGAGAUGUUAUCGCGUGGUAAUCGACCGAUUCACAACGGUCUCGACGGUCGCUUCAGUCGCAUCGAAGCCGAUCUGGGAGUGAUGCCCGUCAAGGUGUUUGCACAGUUGAUCACUGCGUCACCGCACGGAUUAACGAGUCUUGAGCUAAUCGAUGCAUUAUCUGCGCACACUGAACUGACUUCCAUUCUAUUCGACUCAAAUGACGUCUUCCCCCCAUUCCUCCUUUAUCGCCUCAUCGAUACGUUUGGAUGCCUUCUCAUCGAGUUUGUGGACCGUAAUCGUGUUAUUUAUAAAUGGAGCAAUAAUAUGGUGAUGUGUGCAGCUCGUCAUCGAUACCUUACAUCUACGAACGAUCUGAAACAAGCCCAUACUCUGUUAGCUGAUGUUUUCGCGGAUAUCUAUUCUGAAGUUGACAGUAUCUCACCGCGGUCUAGCAACGGACCCGCACUAUUUCCAAGACCCCUGAAACGAGAAGAUGGCUCUGUUAAUGUGCGCAAAGUAAACAAUCUUUGGUACCAUCUACUUCAUACUGGCAACAUGGACGCAUUAAAAGAGUUAGCGUUGUGUCAAUUCGAUUAUAUUGAUGCAUGCGUUCGGUCAUGUGGAUUAUCGCAACUGUUGAGUCUCUACGAGGAAUGUUUAAUGCAGGUGUUACAUCACGAUAUACAGGUGCUUUGUGAGCAAGUGCUACUUCCAUCAUUGAAUACCGUUGUAAAGGAUGGUGAUCAAUUGGCUGCGGAAAUAAUCGGGAGACUUCGUUACACGAGAGCUGAAAACAGUCAUUUUCUGAAUACGAUGGUUGAGCAAGCGAUGUCAUGGGUUGACAAUUACAAUAAGCAACCACUUCUUGUGCCGCUUACAUGCUGGAUUAGUCCACCGGUUAUGAAGCAGGUGCUUUCUCUAACGCUGAGCGAUUGGAAUUCGUGUCGUACCAUAUUGCAACCUACGCAUAAUCACCAGCAUUUGCUGCUAUCUGGUAACCAAGUAUCAACCGGCCUUAUCUAUAUGUACCACAUUGCGUCACAACUUCUCAUUCGUACAUUCCCUGAUGAUAGGAGAGAAUGUGUGAUAUGUGUUGAAAGCGGACAAGUGCUUCGUUCGUUCCGUGAACAUACAGGUGCAGUGGUGUCAAUCGCUCUCACUUCAAAUGAUGAAUUCUUGGUGACAGGAUCUGGCGAUUUUGCUGUAAUGGUAUGGGAUCUUGCAAACGGUGAACUCGCUGUUUGCCUUUCCGGUUUAAUGGCGCCUGUAUCCUGUAUCACUAUAACGAGUAACGACGCUUUUGUGAUCGUAGCAUGUGAAGACGAAACAUUGCGGGUAUUUUCAACAGUGUCUGGUCAGGAGCUACUCGAACUGUCCGGACACGAUGGUAAAAUCUUGUCAGUGGUCGCUGCGCAUGAUGACUGUCAACUUUUUGCUGCAACAAUCUCAAAAAUUUAUGCCUACGAUUUGCAUAAUGGCAAAUUAUUGGAUAUUCUCGAUUGCGUUAACCAAAAACCAGUUACUUCUCUGAAGAUAACAAGCGAUAGCUCUUUUUUGUUGUCGGCUUGUGGUGAUCGAAUUGAUGUGUGGAAUGUUCGUUACAGAUGCAUAGAAACUGCUGACGAUUCAAAGCCCGAUCAACAAGGUAUUGUGACAGGCAUUUGCAUGUCGCGAGAUGAAAAGAGUGCAGCGUGUGCCACACGGAACGGGACAGUAGCCGUUUGGGAUCUUGAUAUAUGUCAAUGCAUUUGGGCGAUGAUACAAAAGAAAGGUGUUGAAGUUAGCUGUGUGCAGUUCACAGUUGACUGUCUCCUGCUGAUGAGCGGUGAUGUCGAAGGCCAAGUGAAUAUUUGGGAGUCAUCGAAUGGUAAACUCAUUCGAUGUGUUAAUUACCAUAGCACAUCGAUUCAAUCGUUGGUGUGUCUCGCAGACGGAUGUCGAGUGUUAUCUGUUGAUGUAUCGAAUAAAAUAUUUAUUUGGUCAUUGAUUGUCAUCGAUGACAGCUUAGAGACUGAACGACUGCUUACAUUCAAUGGCAUCAAAGCACCUGUAUUCCUUACCCCAACGAGCGUACAUCUUGUUGGAUAUCUACCAUCAAGUAAUAAAGAAAUGAAGAUCUGGAUAGUUGGUGAUGAGACUGUAACGCCGAAGACGAAAAUCUAUCACAAUGAGGAGAUCACUUGCUAUACUACCACAAACAACGGCUCUCUGCUGGUUACGGGUUCUGCAGAUCAGUCACUGAAAAUUUGGCAAAUUGAAUCAGGAUUUCUUACUCAGGUGUUGGUUGGACAUGAAGGUAUCAUAAGGUGUUGUGCAAUAGCCGAAGAUGAACGCCUUGUGGUCAGUGGUGGAAUGGACUGUCAAAUUAUUAUGUGGCGAGUUUCUACUGGAGAUGCUUUGCUAUCACUAAAAACCAACGCACCCAUUACGGCAAUUUCAAUUACAGCCGAUGCGAGUGUUACUUUUUCUGCUGAUGAAACUGGUUGGGUUGAAGCGUACGAUACAGAGCAUGGCCAUCUUCUAUCGUCGUUCAACUCUCAUCGAUCUGUCGAAAAACUUGUCUCCUCAAUGGAUGGUAAUCGGAUAUUAGCGUUACUAUCGAAAUGUGCUCAACUACCAAUACUCUGCCUACACAACACACCUGCCGGAACGAUGCUCACCAAAGCCAAUGAACCAAGAAGACGUUCUGCACGUGCACAUAGCAUUUGCAGCCUUAACAGCAAUAUUAGUGAGCCGCGGACAUCGUCGACAGCACUCAUGUCAUGCCAACAACAUGUACAACUUCAGCAGCAGCAACAGCAGCAGUUAACGACAAAUAAUAUGAGCCAAUUAACGACUCCGAAUUCGAAUGGCGGUAUGAAGAUGACGCCGCGAACGUUCGAUAAGAUGGAACGUUCCAAAUCUAGGCAUGAAAAUGCGUUGUUGCAUCUAAUUACAUCGUCUCUUGCUGGUCAGAAGCCACUCGAGCCACUCGAAUUUCAGAUGCUACUCAAAAAUAUACGAGAAAACUCAUCACUGAUUAGAACCAUUCAGCGUGUUGCGUUGAGUGGAUAUUACGGUAGAAGUGAGCCAUGUUUGGGCAUAAGACGUGAAACAAUAAACGCAUGGGAACGACGUGCUCCCCUUGCGCCUCAGCAUGUUAAACGAUUGACAAAAAAAGGAAUCAAAGUGUUGAUUCAACCAUCCAAUAGACGUGUGUUUCGGUUGCAAGAUUACCUUUCGGCUGGAGCGAUUGCGAGAGAAGAUCUUUCUGAAGCACAAUUGAUUAUCUCUGUUAAGCAAGUGCCAGUUGAGCAGCUGAUUCCGAAUAGAACUUUUGCGUUCUUUUCACAUACCAUCAAGGCGCAACCGGAUAAUAUGGCGAUGUUGGAUACGAUUUUGCACAGGAAAAUUCGCUUGAUCGACUACGAAAAAAUAGUGGAUAACCAAGGACGAAGACUAGUGAUGUUUGGCAGAUGGGCUGGAUACGUGGGCUUUAUUGACAUUCUUCACGGACUUGGAUUACGCCUUUUAGCACUUGGACAUCACACACCUUUUCUUCACAUCGGCUUAGCUCACAACUAUCGUGACAGUCACAUGGCAAUCAACGCGUUACGCGACGCUGGCUAUGAGAUUGCAAUGAAUAAUAUGCCGCGGUCGUUAGGUCCGCUAACGUUUGUAUUCACCGGUACUGGGAAUGUCUCGCAAGGAGCACAAGAACUGUUCGAACAUCUGCCGCACGAAUACGUCGAUGUUACUGCAUUACCGAAAGUUGUCAAAAAAGGACGCGGACCAUUCAAUGCUGAAGAGUUUCAAGAACAUCCUGAACGAUUCUUGUCACGGUUUGCCACUGAGAUCGCACCGUACGCAUCAGUGAUUAUAAAUGGUGUUUAUUGGGAACAAAAUGCGGCACGUCUGAUCACAAUACCGGAUGCUAAACAUCUGCUAACGCCUAAAGCUCCAGGUCCCGAGGUUCCCGGAUGCCCAACACUUCCGCAUAGAUUGAUCGCUUUAUGCGACAUAUCAGCUGAUCCGGGUGGUUCGAUCGAGUUCAUGAACGAGUGCACCACUAUUGAUCGACCGUUCGCCAUUUACGAUGCUGACUUGAACCAGUGCUCGGCGAGUUUCGAUACUCCGAGCGGUUGUUUGGUGUGCAGCAUUGACAAUAUGCCCGCACAAAUACCAUACGAGGCCACAGAAGCAUUCGGUGAUCUUUUGUAUCCAUACAUUACCGAUAUGGUUCGUUUCAGCAUUAAUUCACCUACUAUUCAUUCAUUUCAAUUGUGA